GAAACAGGAAGCGCAGUAAAUUUGUGUCGCACCAGCAGGACGUCGGCUCCUGAAGUCACAUUGAAGUCGAAAAUCCCGGUCACCGUAAAGGAAAGUGACCAGUCAACCCAUUCCUGAUGACUUUAUUUGGAUGAUCAUCAACAAUGUUUGCUUCAAAGAUUGUCCCUCGUCUCAGUCUAUUACAUAGAGCAACUUGUGUAUUUCAAUCCCAUGCAGACAUUUUGAAUGGAUGCACAAAGCCGGUCGUUCCUGCUUGCUGCUUUUCAUUAAAACAGAAACUGAGAAACUACUCGACAGCAGCAGACAACACACCUCCUCCUCAAUGGGUGCAGCUUGAGCCGGAGCUGGACGAGGCUCUCGUGCCACGUAAACUGUCAGUAAGUCCUCUGGAGAGCUGGCUCUCCCUGCGUUACUCCCUUCCUCCGCUGCUGGAGUCCGCUCUGCCCCAGGAGGACGUUGAGAUCCUGGAGGAGAAAGUGCUGCCACCCAUUUUUGUCCCCGUUUUGGAGCAUGAGAGGAGCCCAGCAGCACCCCUUAGCUGUAAGAAUGUUCUGAAGAUCAGACGACGGAAGAUGAAUCGACAUAAAUAUAAGAAGCUGCAAAAACGGAUUAAAUUCUUGAGAAGGAGGGUGAUGUUGGGCAGGAGGAAGAAGAAGCAGAAACAAUUUGAGAAAGAUCUGAAGAGGAUUUGGAUGCGAGCUGGGCUGAAGAAAGCGCCAGAUGGAUGGAACACACCUAAGAUCUUCAUUAGACAGCACAGAAACAAAAGGCAGUGACAGUGAAACAUCGCAUCCCUCAUACCGUAUGGCUCUGUACAACACACUUCACACUUUUUCUGGUAUGUUUCACUGAUGAGGACGUAUUCUGUAUGAAGAUGGCAUGUACAAUUAUUUUUAACAAAGUGUACAUAAUCUAAUAAAACUCUUUCCCUGUCAAGUCCAAA